AUGCUACAUCUAGUGGCAUGUACUCUCUUUGCGGACAAGUCUGGAGUUUAUAUAGAUGUUCAAUACCUUUCUCUAUUCAGAGCCCUUGAUACUCCAUGUUGGGAUUGGGGAGUGGUGGUAUUGACGAUGUUGUACACGACGCUUGAUGCUGCAUUUCGUCCUGACACCACAUAUGUUGGAUCUACGAGCACUUCCUUCACAUAUGUGAGCGGAAGAUCCAGCGUGUUGCGGCUACUGACCCAUGUGCGAAGAGGUGGAAGGCCAAACAGGCCAUUCCAGGAGGGGUAUGUCAAAUGGGAGAGCCAUGUGGCUCGACACUUUCCUGAGAGGUGUCUACGCCAGUAUGGUUAUAUACAGGACAUCCCAUGUCCGCUCUCAGAGGCUCCAGCUGGUGGCAUUAAUCGAUGGUUUCAGAGUCACAUCAUCAACUCCCCCCGUGAGAUCAUUGAUAUAGCCGUUGAGGUUCAAGAGCCUGGGCAAUGCGAGGAUGGAUACCUGGAGUGGUUCCACAUUGUGUCACACCCUAGGAUCAUACCACCUGCCACACCAUCUGAUGUUCCAGGGCCUUCAGGUACCAGGGAUUCUUUCGAUUCACCACCACCACCUCCACCUCCCGCAGGUGACCAGGACAAUCAUCUACAGUUCAUCGCCGUUCACUUAGAUAGCCUCACAGUUUUGGUGAACUCUGAUGGUGAGGUUCAUACUAUUUUAGCUAGGUUAGCCGAUGUUUCCCAUGGAGGGCCUAUGUAG